UUUUAUUUUUACCCCCUUCGUCGGAGUAAUACACGAGACGGACACAGAGGUGAAACUGCGUGUGUAUAAUUGUAGAUCGGGAAGAGAAGAGAGCUUCGCUCUAAAAUGGCCGAAGAAUCCGAAAGCCAGACCUCCACCUCCACCUCACAAUCUUCUUGUCACCAAUCGCCACAACAAACUCUUAAGCAACCUCACCAGGUACCGGGAUUAUCUGGCUGUGCUGCUUCACCAAAUGGUGAUACUCAGAUGUUUCCAAUCAUGUACCCUGCUCUUGUUCCUGGGGGGUUGAUUUUGCAGAACCAGGAACAGAUGAACCGUGGUGCAGGCAUUUAUGCUGUUCCCGUUCUUCCUUUCACAGGACCUGUUGCUGGGGUUCCAUUCAACACUCUUAUCCCACUCACUUACAAUAUACCCACUAGACCAGCUUCAUCUGAGGGUGGAGCAGCAAGUGAGGAGCAAGGACAAGCGGGACAGCAACAGCAACAACAGCAGCAACAGCCUGCACCUCAAAGACAAGUUGUUGUAAGGAGAUUUCAAAUUGCAUUUCAGCUCGACUUGUUGCUUAUACUAAAGCUUGCGGCGGUGAUAUUUUUGUUUAACCAAGAUGGGUCAAGAGAAAGGCUUGUUCUCCUGGUGUUUUUUGCUUCACUUGUUUAUCUGUAUCAAACUGGAGCUCUUGCACCAUUAAUACGAUGGCUUUCACAAGGAAUGCAAAGGGCUGCUACACCUCCCCAACCACCAAGGCCUGCUGUUAGGGCAGAGAACAUCCCUGCUGCUGCUGCUGCUGCAAGGCAGGGGAAUGAAAAUGCUCCUGUGGCAGAGGGACAACUUGAAGGUGAGAAUGAGAAUCAGCCUCUUAUUGAAGGAAACCGUGCAGUUGAGAAUGAGCAUGUGGCAGAACCUGGAGCAGUCAAUGGUGGCAACCACUGGUGGGGAAUCGUAAAGGAGAUACAGAUGAUUGUCUUCGGCUUCAUUACAUCCCUUCUCCCAGGCUUUCACAACAUAGAUUAGACUGUAAGCAACAGAAGAUCCAAGUAUGUGGAACCAACUCAGAUGCUCGACGAAAGGAAAGAUUUCUCUUGUUCAUUUAAUAAAUGUAAAAUAUCCAAAAUUCUCACAGAUAUAGUUUAAUACACUAUUCUUGUAUUGUUGCAGUGAUAUUAUACUUUGUGGAUCUGCGACUUUUUUUUUACCCCCUUUGAGGGUUUGUUUUUCUAAGGCUUCACAUGUGAAAAGAAUUGCAUUGUAUGCACUUGAAAUCUAAUAGUCUAAUAGAUGAGGUAUCCUGUUACCGAACGUUUCUCAUCA